AUGAAGAAGAAGAACUCGAAGCAAUCGAAGCAAGCCACUCAACCGAAGCAAUCAAGUGAAGCUAGUCAAUCGAAGCAAUCGAUUCAAUCAGAGUUUUCAUUAUUGUCCAUAAUAAUUUCAGAAUAUGCAAGUCUUCAAUGUUGUAUUCCACCAUGGAGGGGUAUUUGUAAGAUUAGGAGGGAUGAUGACUGUUACGAUUUCGCUGCAUACGCUUGUACGAACCAAUUAGAAGGGGAAAUGUUUGUGGAGUAUGAUGUCACUGAUAUUGAAGUCUUAAUAAGGAGUCCUAGCCGUUUGACCAAACCCGAACCAGCCAUUAACCAACACAAAAAUAAAAUAAAAUCUCACUCAUCCAAAAACCUCACGAAAACCACCGAACCGCGCCGUCGUUCUGAAAGCCGUCACCGGAAAACUCUUUCAUCACUCAAGAGAAUGAGUCUUCCAAAUGCAACGGAGGACUUGUCGUCUGAAAUGGAGGUUGAUGCGUUUCGACGCCUUUUUCCGCUUCGGUAUUUCGAGCGGCAUCUUGCUGAAUCUAUUCGUCCUGAUGGUAGACCCCUUAAAGAAGCUAGAGAAACAAGUAUAUUUCUUGGUGCUGUUGCAUCAGCUAAUGGGUCAGCUCUUGUGAAGAUUGGAUCCACGACUAUGUUGACUGCUAUUAAAAUGGAAGUUAUGACUCCUUCCUUGGAGUCACCGGACGAGGGUUGUUUAGCUAUUGACUUCCACAUGCCUUCGAUUUGUUCUCCGAUUGUUAGGCCUGGCAGGCCUGCUGAAGCAGAGCCGGUUUUGUCAAAGCAGUUGUCUGACACCAUUUCAAGUUCUGGAAUGAUUGAUUUGAAAGAAUUGUCCUUGGUUGGUGGAAAAGCUGCAUGGAUGGCUUACUUGGAUAUCUAUUGUUUGGAUGCUGAUGGGGCUCUUUUUGAUGCUGCUUUACUCUCCGCAGUUGCUUCCUUAUCUCAUUUGCAAAUUCCUGCUGUUGCGAUGAAUGAUGAUGGCAAAAUAGUACUGAUGUCUGAGGAAGAUGGACAGAAGCAGACAACGGAGCAAGUCAAUAAGGAGAAGAGGAAGCUCACAUUAAAAAGCAUUCCAUUAUCGCUAACAUGCAUACUUCACAAGAACUACAUCUUGGCUGAUCCUACUGCAGAAGAAGAAUCCAUAAUUGAAACCCAUGUGACAAUUGUUUUGGAUACAUCUGGUCAACUAAUAUCUCUUUACAAGCCUGGUGGGCCAGUUCUUGCCUUUACUUCUGCUAUUCAGGAUUGUGUUGCAUUGACCCGGCAAAGAGUAAAGGAGCUAAAGAGCUUCUUAGACCAAGCAAAUUCUGCUAUGGAGGUUGAGUAG